AGUGCGAAGCUAAGCAAGGUACUAGCACAAAGUGAUGGGGAGGCAACCUUGUUGUGACAAGCUUGGUGUCAAGAAAGGUCCUUGGACUGCCGAGGAGGACAAGAAACUGGUGAAUUUUAUCCUCACUCAUGGUCAAUGCUGCUGGCGCGCCGUCCCCAAGCUCGCGGGUCUGCGCCGUUGUGGCAAGAGCUGCCGCCUCCGAUGGACUAAUUAUCUUCGGCCUGACUUGAAGCGAGGGCUACUCAAUGAAGCUGAGGAGCAGCUUGUUAUUGAUCUCCAUGCUAGUCUUGGCAAUAGGUGGUCUAAAAUUGCUGCAAGAUUGCCUGGAAGAACAGACAAUGAGAUCAAGAAUCACUGGAAUACACACAUCAAGAAAAAACUUAUCAAGAUGGGAAUUGAUCCAAUUACUCAUGAGCAUCUCCAAAAACAAGCCACUACAACCCCACAAGAAACGCCUUGUGAAGUCAAAAUUCAACAAAGUGUGAACGUACCGGAGGAUGGAGUCUCCGGCAACGAAAAUGGAAGCUCUGCGGCUGAGAACUCCCCGAGCAAUGAAGCUCAGUCAAUAAUUGAGGUGAAUGCUGAUGGUGAGGAAGACCCUUUGGUGAGUUAUAUAUUAUCUGAUACAUUUCUCGAGGAUUGGUCGUGGAACUUUCCGGCUGUGGAAGACAGUUACUGUGAUUUCGGCUUGUCAUCAACUUCAUCAGAGGAUAGCGCAGCUUGGUUUAUGGAUUGUAAGGAUUUUGGGGUUGAUGAUUUCGGGCUUGGAAAUUGUAUCAAUUGAUAACAGGAACAUUGUUCAUAUUAUAUAUGCAGUACUGUUACACAUGGGUGGUACGGUAUGCAUAAACCUGACUCCCAACAAACCAAAAAGCAAUGAUUUUUUUAUGAUUCCUUUGUACAAACAAAUGAUUUCGAAGCAGAAGAAACAAAUG